AUGAAGAAAGAUGGCAAUGAAAAGGAAUUCAAGAGAUGUGCUGAAGAUAUGCUCUCUGAACUUGGAGAUGGGAUCCUUGCAGUUUUCUCUGAUGGAUCGAAGGCUGAUGGUAGAGUGGGAUGUGGCUAUAGAUGUGUGCUUGAUGGGGAAGUUCUAUGUGAGAAGGCAGUGCCGCUCAGUCCCUAUGGUUCGAUCUAUUAUGCUGAGUUGCCUGGUGUCUUUUAUGCUAUACGGUGGUUACUGAGUAUGGCUGGUAGACUGGUGAGUAAUGGUAUCUGUUUUCGCGUGGAUAAUCAGUCGGUGGCCUAUGCUCUGGGUGGUGGCUUCAAUACCAGGGAUCCAACGGUAACUACUGUUGUGGCCGAGGCCGAAGAACUCAAGGGACAAUUGGGUGUUGGUCUUUUUCCCAAAUGGAUACCUUCGCACUGUGGCUUGGUUCAUAAUGACGCUGUGGAUGCGCUUGCUACUCAAGUAACCAUGGAUGAUCAAGUAGGUGGUAGGACUCUUGUCAUCAAUGAUGACCUACCGAUUCCGCUGUCUGAUAUUAUAUCCACUACUAAGGUGGUACUCAAAGAUCGCCAUCAAAUCGUACCGGAGCGGGCUGCGUACUUG